GCAAGAAAAACAUACUCGCGAGAAAUGGCUUGGCCUCUUGAAAACUGGGGCCAACUGAAGUUCGCUACUUCUGAUGGAAAUGUUAAGGAUGAACAAAAAAAUGACGCGUCAUCUGAAAUGUUUAUGCAGUUGCUCUCACUUCCCAAAGGAAAAGAAAAGGGAUCCCCACAAUACGUGUCCCGUCCUAUUGUGAAUAUCCCGAUUUCUGCGAUCGCUAGCGCGUCUGGGACGACAAAAAAUGAUGUGAGUAUAACUAUGCGGCCGAAAACGUCUGCCGUUGCUGUUCCAAGCGGCGACUUGGAACUGGUAUCGAUGCGCUUUGCUGUUCCUGAUGUUUGUGUUGGAUACGAGCGAACCGAAGAAGCUGGGAGGGUGAUCCUGUCAGAGCUUCAGGGGCAGAUGAAAAAGCAUCAGCAGCAGUUUCUUAAGUCUCAUCACCCAGGUAGUGAGGAUAAUAACCUGCUUGUUCUUGCAACGAUGAAUGGUGCUAACGGCGCGCGCGGUGAUGAGGUGUUAGUGGCAAUAUUUGAUGAUAUCCAGCUAUCGUAUCCGUCCGGUAAGUAUAAAAUUCUUAUUUCUAAUCAUAAUGUUGUCUUAGAAGACAAAAGGAAAGGUACAACGAGUGGAAUCCUCUCGUUUCCUAUAACUGAUCUUCAGCAAUUGUAUCUCUGUGAUGUGCCAACGUAUUUCUCGAGGGCCUCUUGCGAUGACGCAGAUUCCAUGGCGCAGUACGUUGUUCUUGUUCUCAAGAAACCCGUCAAGAUACGUUCAACAUCCUAUGCAAAUCUUGUCAUUUCGUGUCCGCCGAGGCUCGUGUUGGACGAGGGUCAUGCAUGGCGAUGUGAACUCAAAACGCAGAGUGAAAUCAAUAGCGUGCUUGGGCUCGCACAACAAGCAAACGGAGCGGACUAUCCGUUGGUCCCUUCCAUGAGUGGACGUGUGUGUGACAUCAUUGUGCGCACUUUUAAAGCCAUUGCUAAAGUGCCAGCGUAUGGUGGUAUUAACAAGGAAUACACUACUAUCCUGACUCAGCACCAGCAGUCCUGCAUGCGCUGCCUGUUUCAUGGUGCAGAGGGGUUGCUUUACAUCGUGAGUGGAGGCUUUCUCUUCUUGCAUCGCCCAGCCACAAGAAUACCUUAUAAGGAAGUAACAACAGUGACCUUGAACGAGUCUGAGAGUGGUUCCGCAACAUUUCAGAUCACUGUUCUUACAGAAAAGGACAAGUAUGUUUUUUCAGGCCUUGACAAGACUGAGAAGGAUAGCCUAAUGCAGUACCUUGGAAAUAAGGUUAAGGUACAACGUAUUGGGUGGUCUGCUGAAGAAGAAGGUGCGGGCAUUGGCGAUGAUGAUGACGAUGAUGAUGAUGACGACGAUGAUCUCGAUGAAGAUGAGGAAGACGAUUCUGGCUCUGGUGAAGACAACAGUGCCUCGGACGAUGAUGAAGGGACAAAUAAAAAGCGUCAUCGAAAGGAAAAAUCAGAAAAGAAGCAUCAUAAAGAUAAGGAGCACAGAAAACAUAGAAAGGAAAAACAUAAGCAUAACCGCGAAAAAUAAACGCACCCUAAUGUCGUGGCGUGGCGUGACACAUCAGCUUUAUUUCUUUAACCCGCCAUCUCGUCGGAUACGUUUUUGGUCGUUUUGUAUCAAUGCUCGGCCCACAGUGCUACAAAGUUGCUUUUCUAAAAUCCACAUUAAUUAUUCAAAGCAUGAAAUACCUCUCUAGCAUGGUGACAUGUAUGUGUGCGACAAGUAGAAAUACUCCAUCAGCGAAAUAAACGAAUUCCACUGGUAGUCACUCUCGCUGCUGAUUUAGAGAUAAAAGUAUGAGUUUUUGUUACCUGAAGCCUUGAUAUUAUCUCAAGAUCAGGAUAUCAAUGCAUCAUAGUAACUUUUUUUUCUCAUUAAUCUUUUUGAUUACGCAUUAUAGAACUUUAACUCUGAAAUUCCAUAUAGGUGAAGGAUUUUCGAAUCUUGUAUUUUCAAACUAACCCAUACACUGACAUCGAAACUAGUGUGCAGUGAUUCUUCAGGGUGGAAACAAAGCCUAUUAAUUCGAUCAAAAUCCUCCUUUCCAUCACUACCAUUGUAUCUCUCUUCGAGCUAGUUUAGGGAGCGCAUUUCAACUUGCCGGAUCAUCCCUUAGCAGCUUGGCGUCAUAUAAGAAUAUCAACGAUACAAAUGCGAUUCUAAGUGAAUUGAAUAAGAUCGGACAGUAUCCGACCAUUCUCUUGUGAAGAGGGAUUUCUUUUUCGGCCCAUUCAGAGCCUUCUUGGAUGCAAAGCCCCCAACAUACGAAAACCAAAGACCAAUAAAUAAAAUCGAUCGUUUGUCAGCUGCAUUUAAAUUAUUAAACUUUGAAAGAGACGCUCAAAUCCAAUUAUGGGGAAUGAAAGGCCCAAGCGCACGUUUGCAUGCGAUAAUUCAACGUGUUAGGACUAGCUGCGCGGUCUGCUUUCGGCAAGGCAAUUGUGGUUGACCAAUUGUUCCUUUCACCCUUUCGAGUUAAUGGCAUUCAAAAAGGAACUGAAGCAGGAUCUGACCCUGUAAGAAUAUGUGCUUUAAAAAUAAUCGACAAAAAUAUGGAUUGAGCAGAACCACGAGAAGUUUUUUUCUUUUUUGAUGUAGAGGAUAUACUGACAUUUGGAAGAGAAAGAAACAUAGUAUCUAAGUGAAGGACGUGCCAAUGGUUUAGUGGUUUACACCUGAGAAAUCUUGGAAGGGUGAAAGUGUGUCCGCUUUGGAAUUUUGGCAAGACGAUAUAUUGUGUCUACUGUGCCUACGAGAUAAGCUGAAUCCCUAUCACGGGCUUAUCUUUGUGAAGAAGCAGCAUCUCCUUGAUCACAUCGGUUGCCUCCUUUCCGCAUAAAUUAUUGUGGCAGCAAUUGACUCGACAUCAACGAAUAUAACGCGUGUUCGUACGGUACCGUGAGCAUCUUGCGGUUUUUUAUCGAAUCCUAUAGCCACCCUGUGCAAAAUCUGCGACUGACGCUUGAUAUGAGUUUAAACUGAGGUUCAUGCAAAUUCUUACUCAUUUUACUGAACUAAGUGCACAAGAAGCAUCUGUAAGGAUGUCUUACCCGGUGGGAAGUGCGGUGCCCAACAAUAAACACACACAAAACAUGUUGAAACAAUAUUGGUGAAUUUUUUCAUACCAUCACCCGUGAACUUGAAAUAACCAAAACCGAAGAUGACCCUUAACUCAAACAACACACUAUCCAACUUUCUUCAGAUUUCUUUCACAUCUUGAAGAUCUGUAGUAUUGAUCAGCAUAAUGGGUAUUCAAAAGUGCUUCUUUGAAGGUAACUUGUAAAGGAGUAGUUUGUUUUCUGGUGGAUUGUCACGCUUCUUAGCAGCCGUUUCA